CAAAAAUGAUAGCCUUAUCAUCUGAAUGUACUCAUUAUAAAAGAAAUUGUGACAAGAAGGCUCCUUGUUGUGGUAAGUUUUAUCCUUGUAGGCUUUGUCAUGAUGCCAAUUAUGAAGGUUCUUCAUCUGAUAGAUGUGAUACAGAAAUAAUGGAUCGAUAUAAUGUUACCAUCAUAAGAUGUAGAAAUUGUUUAUGCGAAUAACCACCAACCAAUUAAUGUAUAUCAUGUGGAAUUCAAUUUGCUAAAUAUUUCUGCUCCAUUUGCAAAUUAUAUGAUGAUGAUUCUACUAAAGACAUUUUCCAUUGUGAUAAAUGUAAAAUGUGUAGAAGAGUAAAUUGUUAUAUUCUAUCAUAGGGAGUCUAAGAAUAAUUAUUUCAUUGUAAUGUAUGUGACAUUUGUAUACCUUAAAAAUGUUAAAUUUCACAUAAAUGUUUAUAUCAAGUUGCUGAUAGUGAUUGUCCUAUCUGCUUAAAAAAUCUCAAAAUUUCAACAACUUUUAUCUAAUAGUUAGACAAUUGUGCACACUUCAUUCACCUAAGCUGUUUAAAAUAGUUGAUUGAAUCAAAUCAAAGAAAUUGUCCUAUUUGUAGUAUUCCUAUUUUUGUAUUUAAUUCAAUAAAUAUAGAAAAUGACCUAAACUGAAAUUCAAAUAUUUGAUAUAUUAGCUGAAUCAAAUAUAAAUCCUAAUCAAAUACAAAAUUAAGAAGUUAAAAUUCUAUGCUACGAUUGCAGAUAAAUUUCUUUGGAAGUUCGUUUUAAUCUCUUUUUAAAAUGUACCCAUUGUGGUUCAUAUAAUACAAAGAUAUAAUGA